AUGUUUAAGAUAAAAUUGAAAGAAAUUGAAGAAAAUGUAGUUGCAAAUGUUCUUGCUAACAACUUACAAUAUGAGAAAACUAUUUUUAAUAAAUUAGAACAGUCAAAUAUAGUAGAAUUUCUUGAAAAGUCUUUUAGUAAUAAUGAAAGUAGUUUAGAAGAAGAUAAUCCUAUUAAAAUUAAUAAAAUUAAUGUUCCUACUAGU